AUCUCCCUCCUCCCCAAACCAAAACCAGAAACCGGAAAAGACCAAAAAGCCCCUCCCUCCCUCCCUCCCUCCCUCCCUCUGCGCGAGUCGUCGCUGAUGGAGAUGGAGCCGAGGACGCCGGAGGUGGCGAAGAAGCUGUGGAGCGUCGUACGGACGGCGGCGUUCAUGAUGAGGAAGGGCUUGUUCUCCAAGAGCAAGCUCAUGGUGGACCUCCAAUUCAUGCUCAACCGCGGCAAGCUCGCCGGCAAGGCCAUCGGCAACCUCAUGCUCCACCACUACUACUCCUCCUUCACCUGCCGCUCCGACGACGACGUCGCCUGCAUCGCCUCCGCCUCCGCCUACUCCUCCUUCGCCCCUCGCGAGUACGAGUUCAGCUGCAGCAACACCCCCGCCAACAACCCCUUCUUCCCCAAGCGCGGCAAGCACCACCGCCACCACCGCCACCACGGCCGCCGCAGCAGCGGCCACCGCCACCACCUCGCGCCGCGCUACAACGACGCGGGGGCGAUCAGCGCCGUCCAGAAGGUGCUGGAGAUGCUGAACAGCGCCGACGUCGUGGAGGCGUCGCCCAUGCUGCUGCCCGGGUUCGGGAAGAGCCCCGCGGUGCGGCAGCUCCGGAUCACGGACUCGCCGUUCCCGCUGAAGGACGACGACGGGGACGGCGGCGAGGUCGACGUGGCGGCGGAGGAGUUCAUCAGGAAGUUCUACAAGGACCUGAACCUGCAGAAAACCAUGGCCCCGGUGGAGUCCCCGUAUCAUUAUGGCAUGUGGGGCUGAACCGACGGCGGCGGCAGCGGCGACGUUUUCCGACAUGGUGUUAGUUUUUCUUCCUUAACGGUCGUGGAUCUCCACGAAUGUUCUUUCAUAAGGGUCGCCGUCGGGCGGCCGGGGGGGCAUCAAGCAUGAUUCGGAUGCAUUUCCACAAGCCCUGAUGCGGCAAAAAUGCCGGAACAUACGAAGAUCGGAUUACCAAAUCGGUUUAUGACGGGGGAGAAACGCGACCCCGGAUCUCACCGGUCGUCGAAAAAAAACCUUUCGGAUGUCCGCUCACGGUUCGCAUGGUCUCUCUUCGUAAACCCGCUUGGUAAACCGAUCUACGUAUCUUUUAGCAUUAAUUAACUCAAAAAAUGCUUUCGGA